CAACAUCUUCACCAACAAAAUAAAUAAUCAACUCAGUAUACUCUCCCUCUAUAAGAAUCUCCCUGUUGUACUCUUUCAACUUACCAAACUUUCUACUUUACAAAAUGGCUUCUUUCUAUAGUUACACUCUCUCUAUUCCGUAUUUCGUAAUUCUCUCAAUCCUCUUUAAUCCUUCACAAGGAUCGUUUGUUGAGGAAUUUUCUGAUAUUCUAGCCACAAAACGAAGUGAGAAAACGAGCCGCCUCCAUUUCUACUUCCAUGACAUUGUCAGUGGAAAAAAUCCUUCUUCAAUCAAAGUCAUUUCAACAGGAGGAGAUGGAAUCUACGGUUUUGGUAAAACUUUCAUUUUUGAUGAUGCAUUAACGGUAGGGCCUAAUGCAUCAUCUAAGAUUAUAGGAAGAGCACAGGGGAUUUACUCCAUCGCUUCGCAGAGUGAGCUUGCAUUGCUUAUGGUUUUGACCUUUGAAUUCAUUGAAGGCAAGUAUAAUGGCAGCAGCAUAAGUAUUCUUGGGAGAAAUUCAGUUCCCAGAGAUGUUAGGGAGAUGCCUAUUGUGGGAGGCACUGGACUGUUUAGGUUUGCUAGAGGUUAUGCAUUGGCCCAUACUUUUAAGUUUGAUAUAAAGAGUGGAAAUGCUAUUGUAGAAUACAAUGUGUUUGUUCAACACUUUUGAAGCAUUUUGAGACUGAUCAUUAGCGCUAUAGUUAAGAAAAACUGUGUCUGGAGCUUAUAUAAAGUAGCAGUCCCAGGCGCAAUUAGUUUUUUUUUUUUAAAUUAUUCCAUCCAUGGCAAGCUAUUAGUUUCUUUUUCACUUUUCUGGGUAUUCUAAAUUAUUGUCUUCUUUUAAUCGAAAAGUUUUAUUCCUAAAUUUACAAGAUUA